AGCAUUCAGUUUUUCCACCAUCCUAAAAUCUCCCAUAGCUCAUCCAAUAUCCUUCUUUUUGACAGUUUUUGAAAACUCCUUUCAAAAAACUUAUAAUGGGUGUUUUCACUUAUGAAUCAGAGAACAUCUCUGUUAUUGCCCCAGCUAGGCUGUUCAAGUCCUUGAUCCUUGAUGCUGACAACCUCGUCCCAAAAGUUGUACCACACGCCAUUAAGGGUACGGAAAUCAUUUCCGGAAAUGGAGGACCUGGUACCAUCAAGAAGGUCCAUUUCCAUGAGAACAGCCCCAUCAAAUAUGUGGUGCACCAGAUUGAUUCAGUAGACACAGAGAAUCUGUCAUACGGUUACACUGUGAUUGAAGGUGAUGCUUUGGGAGAUGUUGUGGAAAAGAUCACCUACCAAAACAAGAUUGUGGCAGGUCCAGAGGGUGGCAGUAUUGUGAAAAACACCAGCACAUAUUACACAAAAGGUGACCAUGAGAUCAAGGAGGAGCAAAUUAAGGCAGGCAAAGAAAGGUCUGCGGGUCUGUUCAAGGCUGUUGAGGCCUACCUUGUUGCAAACCCUGAUGCCUACAACUAAAUUUGUCUUUAGCAUUUUGAAAACCCAAAAAAAACAAAAAAACAGAACUUUCUUUGUGUGUUUUCAUUUUCAAUGAUGAAAUUGUGUGAUUUUCAUUUUUCUUGUUUUUUCCCCCCAACCAAAACAGCCUUUGCUGUGAGAAAAAGUAAUGUUUAUGAUUAUCGAGUUGUAUCAUGUUAAAGUAUAAAUGUAUUAUGGUUUAAAUACUAUAA